AUGGCUAUCCCCAGGUUGACCGAGGGAGCUGAAUCUGCCUUCACAUCGCCAGGAAGAUUUCAUCGCCGCCAUGUACGCCGGGCAUGCGAGUCCUGUAGGCAGAGAAAGACAAAAUGUACUGGAGAUAAGUCUGGUUGUCGGAAUUGUCGUGAGGCUGGGAUAAUCUGCUGUUAUACAGACGGGAAAAGAGAAAAGUCGAAAAGACAACUAGCAAGCUUGUCAGCAAAGGUCCAAGCGUAUGAGGAUGUUAUCAGGAAGCUGAGUAGUCGAUUUGGUGUCUCCGAUGAAAGGUUGAUGAGCCUCGCGCUGGCAGCGGGAGCACCUCUCGAUCUUAACAUGUCAUCCGAUAUGUCUACUACUUCAGCAGAAGAGCAGAAACUGCCAUGGAACCCUGGCUCCGACCCUCCGUCACGCCAAUCCUCGGUUGGCCCCCAUGAGGUUGUCGAUCAUACCAAGGAGGACUUCAACAGAGAUGAAACCGCUCGAGCAACAGGUUAUAUUGGCAAAAGCUCAGUGAUCACUUGGCUUCAAAAGUUAAACAAAGAAGUUAACCAAGAAUGCGAGACUUGGGCCCCUAAAAGUGGGGAUAUGGUCGACGACAAUGGCAUGCCGUCGCCGUCCUUGACACCGCGGCCUGAUGGGCAGAGUGACCCUUUGGUUGCUUCUUCUAACUACUACCUCGAUGAUCUAGAUAUACCUGCCAUUGAACCGCUUGAUACUAGUGAUGUUCCGUCGAGAGAUACUGCGACCAAGCUCUUAAACGAAUAUCUGCAUUCAGUGCAUCCUUCCUUCCCUAUUAUUGGGAUCUCAACCUUCGUAUCGCAGUUUCAAGUAUUCUUCAAUCAGCCGUCACUAAAGCCGGGCAGAAAAUGGCUUGCCAUCCUGAAUCUUAUUUUCGCCAUUGCUGCAAAAUACGCCCAUCUGACCGAUGCCGACUGGAAAGGCGACGAGGAUGAUGAUAUGAAGUAUUUCUCGAAAGCGAGAGCUUUGAGCUUGGAUGACCAGCUACUGCAUCAUCCCGAUUUGCAACAAUUACAAGUGGAGGGGUUAACAUCUUUCUAUUUGCUGGCGUCAGGUCACAUUAACCGGGCAUGGAAACUGUCCGGAAGUGCGAUACGGGGGGCCUUUGCCCUGGGGUUGCACCUACGGAACGUAGGCGUCUGCACCUCAGAUACCUCCAAGGAGAUCAGAUAUCGGGUUUGGUGGUCCCUGUACACAUUGGAUCAUCUCCUCUGUGUGAUGACAGGAAGACCCUCGUGCAUAUUGGACAGCUCAAGUACCACUCCUCUACCAGUUCCCUUCGAUGAGUGCGAUUUUCAGAAGGAAGAGGUGGUGCGUAUGAUAGGUGAUGCUCUGAGAUGCAAUUCUAGCCAGCUAGAACGGAUUCCAUCAGUCUGCUCCAGCGCAUCCGAUUUAGGCUCCUCCCUUGACCAUGAUUCAACUGACACGAGAAGCAGUCCAAAGGACUCGGAAAUUAAUAUGGUUGAAUACCUAAAGAGCUUGGCUCCGUGUAUGUCGCUCUAUUUUCUUCAGCUCACCACUCUCACCUCGAUCAACAAAAGGAUGACAGCCAAACUCUAUGGCUCUGAAGUAAUGCAUUCCCCUUGGCCCAGCAAAGAAUUUACAAUACAAAGCCUCAUGCUUGAGCUUGAUUCGUGGUUCAUGAAUCUUCCUGCUGCAUACGACUUCACUUCGACUCAGACAUCCCAGUGCCCCGCAAGUCAACGAAUGAGCCUUGCUCUGUUAUUUUAUAGCACGAAGAUCGGCAUAACAAGACCAUGUCUCUGCCGGUUGGACUCGGCCCGUCCGCACGGUGAAAAGACUCUUGAGUUUUGCAGCAAGACUGCGGCAGAGUGUGUCGAAUCAGCCUGUCACAUGUUGACACUGUUUCCGGAUACUCCAGAUGCCGCAUUGCUCUUCAAGCUCUCUCCGUGGUGGUGCAUAUUGCACUACCUCAUGCAGUCCGCCACGAUCCUGCUUCUCGAGCUUGCUUUUCACGCCCAACACGUCCCAGAGAAAGCAUCCAUGGUUUCUAAAGCAGCCAAGAAGGCACUGGAAUGGCUGUCCAUGAUGUCGAGAUUUAGUCUGGCAUCCGAAAGAGCCUGGAGACUGUGUGACGGCUUCCUGAGACGUCUCGCACCGCACGUCGGGGUCGAAAUUGGAGAUGUCUUGGCAACUGGCGAGCCUAGUGGUGAUGCGACACCCGAUGCUCAGUUUGAUACUCCAGCAGCAGCAGCCAUGGCUUCAGCUAGUGCUGAUAAUAUUGCUACGGAGCUGGAUUCAAUGGCUUGUUCCCCAAUGAACGAGUCAGACACAUCUCUGUCCGGCUCGGUACCCUUCGGACUCGACUCAUCGGAUAUAUUUGACUUCAUGAAGACCGAUAAAUCAGCAACAGGAGGCAAUACAUUUGAUGACCUUUUCCCCUGUGACACAGAUACAGGUCAAAUCACGGGGUCUUUCUUCCCCCCGGGGAACAAUAUGGACCUUGAUCUGGGGUGUUUCUGGAGCGACCCAAUCUUCUGGAAAGAAUAA